GCGGGCUGUGUGCGGGCUGUGUGCGGGCUAGACAUCGCACAGAUGAAGGCACCGUCCCGGAGAACCGUCACAUAUUCCUCCGCUUGAUUAUAGCUCCGUAUCAGACGACACUUCCCCUCCGUCCUCCCGCCGGCAGAGCGCCGUCGCUGCGGGUCUUUCAUUCGGAGGGGCCGGGCUGUUUUUUCCUCCGGGAGGCUGAAUGGAAGCAGCAGCCGAGGGAGCGGUCGGGCUGUCGGAGGCCGGGGACGGGAGCCCGCUCUCCGGGGCCGCAGCAUCCGAUGAUGGGGACACGGUGGUCGGAGUGAGCUACGGGAUGGACGCCGCCGACAUGGAUGCUGCUGCUAAGAAAGCCUUCAUCACAGAGAUGCCCUCGUCCUCAGGCCUGCCUGGUCAGGGAAAGAAGAUGGGUCACAGAGGGGUGGAUGCAUCCGGAGAAACUACUUACAAGAAGACCACAUCCUCGGCCUUGAAAGGUGCCAUCCAGCUGGGCAUCGGUUACACGGUUGGCAACCUGAGCUCAAAGCCCGAGAGAGAUGUGUUGAUGCAGGACUUCUACGUGGUGGAGAGCAUCUUUUUCCCCAGUGAAGGCAGCAACCUCACUCCAGCCCACCAUUUCCCAGACUUCCGCUUCAAAACAUACGCUCCCGUGGCCUUCCGCUACUUCAGAGAACUGUUUGGCAUCAGGCCAGAUGACUACCUGUACUCCCUGUGUAACGAGCCACUUAUUGAGCUGUCCAAUCCUGGAGCCAGCGGUUCAGUCUUCUAUCUCACAAAGGACGACGAGUUCAUCAUCAAGACUGUGAUGCACAAGGAGGCUGAGUUCUUACAGAAACUGCUGCCUGGAUACUACAUGAACUUGAAUCAGAACCCUCGCACUUUGCUGCCCAAGUUUUUCGGUCUCUACUGCGUCCAGUCGGGCGGGAAAAACAUCCGCGUGGUUGUGAUGAACAACGUCCUGCCCCGUGUGGUUCGCAUGCACCUCAAAUUUGACCUGAAGGGCUCCACCUACAAGAGGCGAGCGUCAAAGAAGGAGAGGGAGAAGGCCAGGCCCACUUUCAAAGACCUGGACUUCAUGCAGGACUUGCAGGACGCAUUGAUGCUGGACGUGGACACCUACAACGCGCUCGUCAAGACCCUACAGAGAGACUGCCUGGUGUUGGAGAGCUUCAAGAUCAUGGACUACAGUCUGCUGCUCGGCGUUCACAACAUAGACCAGGCGGAGAGGGAGAGGCAGAUGGAGGGCGGCAGUGACGAGAAGAGGCCCGUGGCCCAGCAGAAGGCCCUGUACUCCACAGCCAUGGAGUCCAUCCAGGGAGGGGCAGCCUGCGGAGGGUCCAUCGACACUGACGACACGAUGGGCGGCAUCCCAGCUGUCAAUGGAAAGGGAGAGCGACUUCUUCUUUACAUCGGGAUCAUCGACAUCCUGCAGUCUUACAGGCUAAUCAAGAAACUGGAGCACUCGUGGAAAGCUUUGGUUCACGACGGGGACACCGUGUCGGUCCACCGGCCUGGCUUCUAUGCAGAUAGGUUCUUCAAGUUCAUGAGCAACACGGUUUUCAGGAAGAGUUCCUCCCUGAAGUCGUCUCCAUCUAAGAAGGGUCGAGUGUCUUUGAUGGUGCCUAAGUGCACUGGUCCUGGUGCAGCCUGGUCAGCCAGCCAGCUGCCCUCUGAGAGGGAUGAGAACAUUUACGACCUGAGAGGAGCUCGCAGCUUCCCAACGCUGGAUGACGAGGGUCGACCAGAUCUUCUUCCAUGCACUCCUCCAUCAUUUGAAGAAGCCACCACAGCAUCAAUCGCCACCACUCUGUCUUCAACCACCUCUCUGUCCAUCCCUGAGAGAUCCCCAUGUGACACAGCAGAGAACCCCCGCUACAGGCGACACACCCAGUCUCUCACCCAUGAUGGGAGGACCCAAGAGGAGCUGCGUGUGCGUGAGGAGGAUCAGCAAACCAUCACAGUGGAGGUGGAGUUGAAGAGACACGACAGUGAGCCCACCAUCUCUGUUCCACAACUUUCACCUCAACCCAGCGAGGCUCAGGAAGUAGCUGGCGCCGAGGCUCCGGAUGCUGCAGAGCCCUCCACCUGUUCAUCAGUACCUGAAGCAGCCCCAUCGUCUGCCCCAGGUGUUGCCUCCUCUCCUGGGGAAGCUGAGGAAGCUGCAUCCACACCCAAGUUGGUGGUGGUGGAGGCGGAGGCGGACCGGGCGAGCCAGAUGUCUGGCUCGGGCUGCACCAGCCAGGCUUCAGUUGAUGAUGACGAUGAUGUGCCAAUCACAGAUAUCUACUUUCCUCCAGAGGACAAGACCUGGGUGUACUCUCCGCUACACUAUGGCUCAGAGUCUAAGGCCCAGCCAGAUGGGGAUUGGGAAAGAGAGACAUAAGCCCUGUUCUCUGGCAGAGAGGAGCGGACGUCUCAGUGAAGAGGACUCUUUGGUUCUUUGGUCUGAAGUCCAGAACUCAGCGGUAGCAGCAGGAUCUUUUUCCCAAGCAGGAUUUUAAACAGGCAUACAGACAAACAAACACACCAAGAGAAAACAGGGACUGAAUACCAGAGGGGGGAGAAAAUUCUGAGAGUGAUGAAACCCCUGCCUUUCACCCUUAACAAAUGAAAAGUAUAUAACUUUAAUGAAUAUGUGUUUGUGGGACAUAGUGCAUAUAUGUUUGACAUACAUGGAAGACGGUUGUACUGUUUGUUGUGUUCAACACUAGCACUGCCCUCCAACAGCUUCUUAACAGGCUUUUCCCACUCACUCCGCAGAGCAGCACACUGAGUUGUGAUGUGAGCGGAGCCGCUGCUUUCCCAAUUAACAAUUUAUUUUUCUCAUAUCUUCACUGUUACUCAACACAGGAACAUGGGUGUGUCUGUGAUAACAUAAUAAUGCUAUAUGAUCGAGUUGUUGCCUUUGAUUUUUGGUAUUUAACCUUUGUUUCUUAGAGAUCGUGUUUUUUUACAUAAAAGAAAACCAGAUGUAUACGACAUUACAACAGGAAAAAUCCAUAUGAAAGUUGCAAAAACUUACAACAACAAAAAAAUUAUUUUGUUGUUGCUAUUCUUGACAAAACCCGUAGACCCUGUCCAGACCUGGUAUCAAGAGACACAAAAACAAUAGAAAUCUUAAUGUUGGGGUCAGUGUUGGUAUUGUGGCCGCAAACAAAUCAGCGUAUGGUCACUGAGAAGUGUAAAAAUACAUUUGAUUCAUUGUGAAACUGAGCUACAUGUCCUUCAUAUGUGGCCCUGGAUGGAUUUGAGUUCUCACUUAUAAAACAAUGUGGUCUGUGUGAUUUGAUCUCAAGAUGCAUUGAGGACAAAUUUGGGUGCUUCAAACUUGAACAUUUGUGAUGGAAUCACUCAGGACAAAAGUUAAUACCAGGUCUAACCAGGGUCAUAGUUUCUGAAUAAAUCCCGAACAGAUCCAGAAUCUGAAAAUGAAUUAUAUGUUAAUGGUUCCUGAUGUCUGUUUCAUUGCACCAAUGAUCAUUAGCUAUUCGCUGCCGUUAGCAGUGAAUGAAAAAAAAACAUUUUUAUUUUAUUAGACUAUUUUCUGAUUUUAUCAACAAGUGCUCGUCAUCAUUGUCAGUGAGGACAACUUGAAGCUAAGUCUUCCUGUGGCGGCUCCUCACAACCCCACUAACACUUGUAUUUACGAGACUCUUGACCAAUGGGGAGGAGCCUCCAUGGUGCUGCCCACGCCACCUGCAGAUUUCCCUCUGCAGUGAGGAGCGAGUGGUGAAGCCUGAGGUGUUGGGGAUCUGUGCUUAUGAUCGUAGAGCCUGAGGUAGAAUGAUAACCAUGGUUAGACCAAUCAAGAGACGCCAUCUAGACGUAGUUCAUCAUUUUCACAUUUCCAGUAGUGGAAAUAAGCAGCUUAGUUUAUAGCAGAGAUAUUUUAAACACUUAAUUUCCUAAAGUGAAUUAACAGUGAUAAAAAGUUUUUGAAUUCAUAAUAAUUUAUAAAUUAUAUCACGUUAUUUGCAACAUUUACUGUAUUAUUUCUUAUCAAUUCUUUAGCUUUUACUACUACUGAGAACUUGUAUUUGUUUUAUCUGUCUGUAUUUUAUUUUGUUCUUUAAAUAUAAUCUUUUACUGGUACUUUUUACUUUAUAACGCUUUCUAGGAUAUUUUUUCAACUUUCAUCCAAAGAAGUUACCUUUUAUGUUUUUAUAAUCUGUUCACUGCGGCUUUUAAGCAGUUUCCCAGUUUGUUUUUACGUCACGUUUUGUCGUGUAAGUUCAGUGUUAAUAAUUUCUUCACUGCAUCUCGUGUGGAAACAUCUGAGACUUAUGACUAUUGCCUUCGAUAUAGAUGGAGUUAACUACGACACUGAGGCAGCAGACAUGUCAGUCAGUACAGUGAUGAUCACAUCAUUACAGUGUCUUCCAGUGUUGCCCAAUUUUUGGACAAGACGCUAACACACAAAAAAGUCUUCAUUUCAACAACAACAACAAAAAGUGAGGGCGAAGCCAACAUUUGUAAGAGUAAAGUUUCACUUCUGUUUCUUUUAGAGGUGGAAGAAUUAUCAGUAGAUGAGUGACCUUUGCUGUGUCCGAUAGCGGCACCUCCUGACAAUGACAAAUCCACUGACCUGGACAUUUCUGAUGUGUGUAGACGUAGAGCAGCAGUUGUCGUAUUUGCCGUCAAUAUCGUACCUGUUAUCUGUAUACUACAACAAACAUGGUGCGUUGCAGUGAUGACUUGUUGAGACGCAGCGGUUUGUAAAAAAAAAAAAAAAAAAGGGUUGAAUGUUGUUUGCACUUCUGUAGAGGACCUGAAAAUGAACUAGUGAUAGAGGCCAAAUAAACAUUACAUCACAAUAUCACACUUUCAGUUGUUCGAUAAGAGUCUCUGCUCACAAAGCCUGGUGUUCAGACAGCGUUUAUUUUAUUAACUGUGUGUGUGUGUAUGUGUGUGUGAUGGUGAAUCACAGUCAUUGUAGGGUUCGUGUUAACUGUAGUCUCUCUGUGGCUUAUGUCUCUCAACUGUGUUUAUUGAUUCUAACUUCAGAAGGUGUGUUUUUCAGUUGCUCUGUGUGUUUUAGUGUAAGGGAGGACUCAUCCAUGUCAGACAUUGUAAAAAAUGGAAUUCAGCUCAUUCUCAUGAUGUGCAGUGGCCAGUUGUAAUCACUUUGCUGUCGUUCAUCAGAUGGAAUCCAUAGCAGCAAUAUUUUGUACAGUCAGGCUUUUCAGUUCAUUUUGAUUGCCUUAUUGAGAGAUCAUGCUUGUAGGCCUAUCAUUUGUAUUUUAUUUUUUUCACGUGCUGUUGUAUUUAUUUUCUUUCUCAUAGUUGUGUUCCUGAGAAUGUGUACAUAAAAUUAUAAAUACAUAUAUAAAGAUAUACAAAUAUAUUUUCCAUUUGAAUCGGAGAAUAUUAUUUUUAUUUGGUUUUAUUUUUGCUGCUGGGCAAGAGACGAUUGCAAUCUACAUGAUUUACUGUAUCAUAUUCCUCAGUGUGUUUAUUGAGAUGCAGCUGCUGUAUAUUUAUGGUCUAUAGACCACAGCUGUUUCUUUGUAAGAUAUCCAAACAUGGAAACAAUUUGUGGGGUUUUCUGUACAUGCAAAUCAGUAGGGAUUCUUCCAACUGUUCAGCUGUUUUGUGUACGUGUUUUCAAAUCGCGGUGUGCCCUCAUCCAAUAGGGAUAUACCUUUGCAGAGACAUAGCAUGAUUUCAAAAUGAAUAUGCAUAUCAGAAAUGUGUAUUUAUGUAUAUCUGUGUAUAUUCAUCUAUUUAUACCUGAGGAUAAAUAGAUGGCUGUAUGUGUGUGUGUGUGUGUUUGGAUUCAAAUCAGAAUGAAUACAAAAAUAAAGAAGUUCUAAGAA